GUUACCCGGCCGCCAGUGGAAGAACCGACAGUCGUUAUGCAUAUAAGAGAAAACGUGCUUUUUCGCUGGUUAUCCUAAACGGACUUCCUCUUCGCCGGUACACCAACCGCUUUACACGCACAAUUACAAUAUCAACGUAUAAAUGUGUUCGCUGAAUGUCUUCAUAGUCCGGGUAGUGCAUCUCGCGACCGCAUUUUAAUUUAACUAAUUAGCGUUUUUCUCCCAAACUCUGCCUGCUGGUAUGCUGCAAUUGCUGUCUCAGAUUAUUACUGUGUGCGCCGUGGCGAUUUCCGUGAUAUCCGGUGCGAAAAAGACCGAUUCGGCCAAUCUGACUGCAUGUUUCAUCUGGGAAGAUGAUUCGUAUUAUGCCACUUAUCUGAAAUUAGCACCGGCACUCGACAUGGGCGUGGAUCAUGCCAAUAGUUUUGUAUUGCCUAAAGGCUGGAAUAUCCAGGUGGUCUACCGAAGUUCCGGUGCGUCAUGCUCCAAAACCAUGUACUCACUUAUCCCCGGUGUCUACGAUUUACUGGCCGAUGGCGUGCAGUGUGAUGUAUUUUUGGGAGCAAGUUGCUCGUACACGGCUGCUGCUUUAUAUGGCUUUGCAAAAAAACUCAACGUUCCACUGCUGUCACUGCCAGCCGGGGGCGCAUGGACUCUCCAGGACUCCAGCCUGGAUGAUUUUCCGCUUCUGUUAAUGCCGGCAUUCGGUUACGGCGAUCUGGCGGAAUUCCUUAUCAGUUUUUGUGACCUUUAUAAUUACAGUAACCUGGCCAUAUUUCGCGAUGAUUCCUACCCAUAUUAUGGAUCCAUGGCUGAGCCGAUUGUACGCUUUAUUAAAGAGAACAGUCCAGAUCUGUUCCAGGGCACCACAGUUUUGACGGUGCGUUCUGUGGGGUUUACACGCCAGCGAUACAAGACACUGUUGGCUAGCGCCAAUGAUCGAGCUAGAGUGUUUCUGAUACUAAUACAUUCGAAAGGGAUCCGCGAAUUAAUGCUCGCUGCCAAUGAAAUCGGGUACACUGAUGGUGAUCACGUAUUCCUGACUAUACAGCUUUACGAGUUGGCGUACUGGGGUCGGAUCGCACCCAACAUUGGUGACGCUUCUGACAAGUUGGCAGCGCAAGCCUUUCGACAUUUACUGUUGAUUGCGUUUUACGAACAAGAAGCCCCAAAUGAGGAAAAUUUUGGACGACAGCUGCGAAAUAUCGCUCGCAACAAAUACAACUUCGUUAUGAAUCCUCUGGAAUCGAUCGAUCCCAUUGUGGCGGGUCAUUACGAAGCGAUUAUGAUGUACGCCUCAGCGGUGACGGAUCUGUACAACGAUUCUUCCAAUACCGUUGAUUACCACAACGGUACUUUGCUCAUCACCUACAUGUCCAAUACGUCGUUUACCGGCUUCGAAGGGAAAACCAUGUGGAUCGGUGAGGAUCGUCAGCGGGAUAAAGAUUUCCAAGUGUCCUAUUUUAACCGGGCUUCCAUGAAAUUUGAACCAUUUUUACAGUAUUUGCAGCAUGCUGUCGAUGGAGCAAAAAAUGCAACCUUUAAUCAUGUUAACGAGUUAAUGUGGCCGCGUCCUGGUGGCAAGCUUCCUCCUAACGAACCGGUCUGUGGAUUUCGUAAUAACAAAUGCCAAACGAGUACGCUAUCGACGCCGCUGCUGGCCACCGCUGUCGUCGUCCCCUUGGUGUUCGUCAUGUGCAUAGCGAUUGGAGGCGGGAUACUGUUCGUUAAAUUAUGGAAACUUCGUCUGCAAUACAAUCCUAAUUGGUGGAAAAUCCCUGUGGAAGAACUGGACGUUAAGCAGAACAGGACUGCUAGUGGAUCGAAAAGAACUUUGAGAAGCCAUUCGACAGCCGGAACUGGCUAUACCUCGUAUUUGGUGGAUAUUCUGGCAUCGUAUAACGGAGUUCUUGUCGAGUUGACCGACGUCGUGGACCUGAACAAGCGACCAGAUAAAACGCUCACUGAGGAACUUACCGUGAUGAAAACUGUCGAUAAUGGAAAUCUACAACACUUUAUUGGCAUUGCGCUGACUGCUCAAGAUGUUUGUCAGUAUAUCGUGGCUGAGUUGUGCUCCAAAGGAUCUCUGACGGACGUCUUGGACAAUGAGAUGCUGAAACUAGAUUGGUUUUUCAAGAAUUCUUUGAUUCGGGAUAUUGUUAUGGGUAUGACCUACAUCCACCUGAGUCCUAUUCACUCCCACGGCUUUUUGACAUCCUUCACGUGCCUGGUGGAUACACGCUUUACCUUGAAAAUUUGUGAUUAUGGGCUUACGAUAUUCCGUAAAGCCUCCGAUUUGUUGCCCUUUCGGCCCGGUGAUACCGAAAGGUCACUGACCAAAUUGUUAUGGCGUGCACCCGAGCUGCUGCGGCAGGCAAUGCCGCCGAAAGGCACACAGAAAGGUGAUGUUUACAGUUUCGCCAUCAUAAUACAGCAAAUUAUUCUGCGCAGCGGACCGUUUGAACUACCGAAUGAUCCUCUGGAAUUAUCCGACAAGGAGAUUAUUCAGGAGAUUAUAGCGGCCAACAUCCCGCCGGUGCGUCCGCGUGUGCCUCGUUCAUCCUGUUCUAACGAACUGUACGAUCUGAUGGAGCGCUGCUGGGAGGAAGUACCGCUCGAACGCCCGACAUUUCCUAAAAUUCGCGAAGGUUUAAAGAGAAUUAUGGGCAAUAUUGGGGAUAAUAUUGUGGAUUUGUUGUUUAAAAAAAUGGAACAAUAUGCAUUGGAUUUGGAGCAGAAAGUUGCCGAUCAGACGCGGCAGUUUAUGGAUGAGAAAAACCGCUCAGAACAGUUGCUCAGCCAGCUGCUACCGAAAUCGGUUGCGGCGGCAUUAACCAAAGGUAUCACCGUGGAUCCGGAGGCGUUCGAGAGUGUGACGAUAUUCUUUAGUGACAUUGUUGGUUUCACCACAAUCGCCGCCAAGGGCACACCCAUGGACGUUGUCGAUCUGCUCAAUAGCUUGUACACAUUCUUUGAUAAUGUCCUGGAGAAAUUUGAUGUUUACAAAGUGGAGACGAUCGGCGAUGCGUACAUGGUCUCUUCCGGCCUGCCGGUGCGAAAUGGUAAUCGACACGUGACAGAAAUCGCGUCGAUGGCCUUGGAUCUCUUAACGAAAAUUGAGAGCUUUGUGGUACCGCAUCGACCCGGUGAACGAAUACAGAUUCGUAUUGGAAUUAAUUCCGGUCCGUGUGUGGCAGGAAUUGUGGGACUGAAAAUGCCGCGAUACUGUUUGUUUGGGGAUACCGUUAACGUUGCCUCCAGGAUGGAAUCUACCGGUGAACCGUCUAGGAUCCAGAUUGGUGAAGAAACAAGAAAUCUACUGGAUAAUGUUGGUGGAUUUCUUAUUAUGGAACGCGGACCAAUUUCUGUCAAGGGAAAGGGCACAAUGGUAACCCACUGGUUGUUAUCCCGCACAAGAACGACCAGCGCACCGGUAAAGAAAGAUUCGAGCGGAUGAGAUAACUAAUAUAUUUUGCUCACAAUUUGUUAAGUGUUCAAUGUUGUACACUUUUUUCCUUAUAACUGUUCCUUUAAUAACGGACUAUGUAAUCUUACUGUAAGUAUUAAGUUUGAACUGCAAUCUUAUUACUGGAUCCAGUUUGUCACUGUAUCCCGGAAACAAGCGUUAUUCAUUAAUUAUUUGGAAAUCUUAAUAGCUUUAAAAACCAUAUGAACCAAAUUAAAGUUAGUUGAUUAGAGUGGACUCU